AUGGUCAAGAAGAAAAUCAUCGUACCACCCGGUGUGAAAACUCCAACAAUAUCCAAAAAAUCCAAUCCAAAUGAAUUACCACCAAAUUAUAAACAAGGUAACAAGAGACCAUAUUUAAGUACAGAAAUCACAUCAAAAUUGAUCAAUGAAACUUCAAUUAAUAAAAUUGACUACAUAUUUGUUGGUUUGUUAACUGUCUUGGGGUUCUAUACAAGAUUUAUUGGUGUAGAAAAUUUAAAUUCAAUUGUAUUUGAUGAAAUUCAUAUAGUUCGUCAUAUUAAUGAUUAUUUAAAUGGGAACUUUUUCCUUGAUAUAACACCACCAUUUGGUAAAAUAUUCUAUACACUGGUUGCUAAAAUCUUGGGAUAUAAUGGAAAUGCUACAGAAUUGGUUAAAGCAGGUCAAAGUUAUCAAGGUACAGAUUUCCCAUAUGUUGAUUUAAGAAUUGUUUCAUCUGUCUUAGGGUCAGGUACUAUUAGUUUCGCGUACCUAACUUUAAGAAAUCUAGGUGUUAGAUCCAUAGUGGCCGUGUUCACAAGUUUAUUAAUCAUUUGGGAAAAUUCAUUCAUUGUUUCAUCAAGAUUUUUCAUGAAUGAAUCAUUAUCUUUAUUAAUUUUAAGUAUUUCAGUUUAUUCAUUUACAAAAUUUCAGAUUACAAAACCUUUUUCCAAAGAUUGGGCAAGAUAUUUAGUAUUAACAGGGUUAGCACUGGGUUUAGGUAUUUCAACAAAAUGGAUUGCAUUUUCAACAAUUGCAUGGGUUGGUAUAUUAUCAUUACAACAAUUAUGGUAUUUAUUUGGUGAUUUACAAGUUUCUAAUGGACAAAUAUCAAGACAUAUCUUUGCACGUUUAACAUUUUUAUUAGCAUCACCUAUUAUAAUUUAUUUAGGUGUUUUCGCAAUUCAUAUAUUAUUAAUGAAUAAUGUUACACGUGAUUCUUCAUUAUUAUCAACUCAUUUCCAACGUUCAUUAUCUGGUAAUGAUUUAUAUGAUAUACCUAAAUAUGUUACCUAUGGAUCAACAGUAACUAUAAGACAUUUGGAUUCAAUGGGUGGGUUUUUACAUUCACAUCCUUAUAAUUAUAAAACAGGUUCACAUAAUCAACAAGUUACUAUAUUUGAUUAUAAAGAUUUUAAUAAUGAAUGGAUUAUUGAACCUCAUAAUACAGUGGUUGGUCAAGAAAAACGAGUUAAAAAUGAUGUUGUUAUUAAAUUAAGACAUAAAAACACUGGUAAAUUAUUAAGAGUUGAUAAUUUUAAACCACCAAUGACUGAACAAGAUUAUGAUUCUGAAGUUAGUUGCUUUGGUAAUAAGACUUUUAGUGGUAAUGAAACUGAUUUAUUUUUAUUAAAAGUUGAAAAUGAAGAUCCUAAUAGACCUUUUGUUGAAUCUGUUAAUACAAAAUUUAGAUUAUGGAAUCAAAAAAAGAAAUGUACCAUAUUGAGUCAUGAUUUAAAAUUACCAGAUUGGGGGUUUAAUCAACAAGAAGUAUUAUGUAUAGAAUCACCAAAUGUUGAAAGAGCUUUAUUCAUAUUUGAAACUAUUAAAUAUGAUAAAAAUUCAAUAGAUUAUAAUGAAAAUCCAGAAUUAUUUGAAAAAUUAUCAGAUAUUAAACCAUCAUUCUUAACAAAAUUUGUGGAAUUAAAUACCAAAAUGUUGAGAAUUUUCAAAUCAAUUAAACCUCAUAAUAAUCAUAAUUCUUCAGAUGCAAUAAUUUGGCCAUUUUUAAUAAGAGGUGUUAAAUAUUUUGUUGGUGAUGAUACAAAUGUUUAUUUAAUUGGUAAUCCAAUCAAUUGGUGGUUAGUUAUAAUGCUUAUAACAAGUUAUGGUUUCGUUAGAAUUGCAGAUUUAUUCAGAGUUGAUAAUCAAGAAGAUAGUAUCAAAUAUAAAAACAAUGCAAAUUGGAUAAUUUUGGGUUGGGGAUUACAUUAUUUCCCAUAUGUGCUUAAUGAAGGUGAAUUUUUCACUUCAUAUUAUGAAUUAUCAUUAUAUUUUGGAAUUUUAUUGAUUGGUAUUACAUUUGAAUAUAUAAAUUUCAAGAAAGCAAAAUUAUCAAAAAUUUUAAUCAUAAUUACAUUGUUAUUUGGUUAUUAUUUUUAUUCAAAUUUAAGUCCUGUUACAUAUGGUACUAAAUGGGAUUAUGAAUCUUGUAUAAAUUCCAAAGCUGUUGAUAGUUGGGGUUAUAAUUGUGAUGUUUACAAAACAAUUGUAUAG